GCGAUCAUAGUACAAACCAGCAGAAGUGCAGCGGCACUCUUAAACCGUAUGGACAACGAGCGUGUAUUGCACUUCAUAGCAUCUACCAGAACAGGAAAACAAGUGUCUUGUACUGAUUGAUUGUUGGUUUAUUACGCAGACUUUGAAGCCUGUUCUUUAUUUGAGCUUUAGAAUCUUGAAUUUUUUUCCUUGAAGAUUGAGAAAAAUCAAUUGCAGUUGGAUACAAAGACAUAAUUGAAUCGGUUUAAUUGCAAUUUCUUGUGUUCCUGGCAUCAAUGGAUCUCUCAAUCCAAAUACCUGACGCUCCUGAUGUACUUCACAGUUUCCUUCCUCUCUUUCGCGUAUUCAAAGAUGGCCGUGUCGAAAGGUUCAGUCAAACUCCCUUCACCCCUCCGUCUGAUUCGGAAGAUCCGAACGCCGUCACCGGUGGUGUCCGAUCAAAAGACAUCGUCAUCUCACCGGAAAACAAGGUAGGAGCACGGCUAUUCCUUCCCAAAACAAUCAAACCCGAUGAGAAACGUCCCCUCCUCAUCUACAUCCACGGUGGUGCCUUCGCCAUCGAAUCGGCCUUCUCCAUUCAAUACCAUAACUACGUUAGCUCCCUCGUAGCCGAGGCGAAUAUCAUCGCCGUGUCCGUCGAAUACAGGUUGGCUCCGGAGCACCCCGUGCCCGCGUGCUACGACGAUUCCUGGGCAGUGAUUAAUUGGGUCACAGCUCAUGCCAAAGAUAGACAAGGCCCCGAUUUAUGGAUUAAUAAUCACGCCGACUUCACCAAGGUCUUCUUCUCCGGCGACAGCGCUGGAGGUAACAUUGCCCAUAACAUGGCAGUGAGAGCAGGUCAAGAUGGGCUGGGCGACGGCGUAAAGCUCGAGGGAGUGAUUUUGAUGCAUCCCUUUUUCGGUGAUGGGAAGCCUAAUAAACUUUGGGAGCUUAUCUGUUCAGACUUUAAGGGAUGGGAGGAUCCAAGGCUGAAUCCGAUGGCUCAUCCGGGUUCGUUAUCGAGCCUUGUUUGUGGCAAGAUUCUGAUUUGCAUAUCCGAGAAAGAUAUCAUCAGAGAGAGUGGUCAGCUUUACUAUGAGGCCUUGAAGAAAAACGGAUGGAAAGGUGAGUUGGAUUUGGUGGACAUUGAAGAGGAGGGUCAUGUUUUCCACCUCUUGAACCCAGAUUGUCACCGCGCCGGAGUCUUGAUGAGACGGGUGGUUUCAUUUCUAAGAGGAUAGGCAGCGGUGAUCGAAUAUUGGAAUCUAAUGCAUCAACAUUCAGAUUUCAGACACCAAUAGAAGAGAUUGCAGGGAGCUAAACUUGAGUGGAUAAUCCAUCAGUGGAUUAAACUCCAUGAUAUAUGGUAUUGAGUUCGUAAUCGUAGUUGAUAUUAAAGUGAUGAUUACUUGUGUAUGUAAUUUGUAUCUUUUAUUAAUAACCGUUAUCAUGUUGUUUAAAGGCACAUCUCAAUGAAACUGUUAUUUCUAAA